UGUAGGGGGUAGGCUGGCGUGGCGCUGGCUCCAGGGAUAUGGAGCCGCUGGAGCCGGGACGGAUUGUCAGGUGGUUGCGGAGCCGAAUCCUUUUCUAAGAACUCAGGCACUCAGGUAUCCACCAUGGUGUUAGGUCCUGAACAGAAGAUACCAGAUGAAGAUGCUUCUGGAGACCAUGGAGACUCUGCCAGUCUUGGUGCCGUCAACCCUGCAUACAGUAACUCCUCAAUUCCGCAGUCCCCCGGGGCAGGCUCAGAGGACCCCUUCACCACCUACUUUAAUGAGAAGAUUGCCAUUCCUGAGGAGGAGUACUCUUGUUUUAGCUUUCGUAAACUCUGGGCCUUCACGGGACCAGGAUUUCUUAUGAGCAUUGCUUACCUGGAUCCAGGAAACAUUGAGUCUGAUUUGCAGUCUGGAGCAGUGGCUGGAUUUAAGCUGCUCUGGGUUCUCCUGUUGGCCACCAUUGUGGGGCUCCUGCUCCAGCGCCUUGCAGCUCGACUGGGAGUGGUCACUGGGCUGCAUCUGGCUGAAGUGUGUCACCGCCAGUAUCCCAGGGUCCCACGAAUCAUCCUGUGGCUGAUGGUGGAGCUGGCUAUCAUUGGCUCAGACAUGCAGGAAGUUAUUGGCUCAGCUAUUGCCAUCAAUCUCCUGUCUGUAGGAAGGAUUCCUCUAUGGGGUGGAGUUCUCAUCACCAUUGCAGAUACUUUUGUAUUUCUCUUUUUGGAUAAAUAUGGCUUGAGGAAGCUGGAAGCAUUUUUUGGUUUUCUCAUCACUAUUAUGGCCCUCACAUUUGGCUAUGAGUAUGUUACAGUGAAACCCAGCCAGACCCAGGUCCUCAAAGGCAUGUUCCUACCAUCCUGUUCAGGCUGUCGUACCCCACAGAUUGAGCAGGCUGUGGGCAUCGUGGGCGCUGUUAUCAUGCCACACAACAUGUACCUGCAUUCUGCCUUAGUUAAGUCCAGACAGGUAGACCGGGCCAGCAAGCAGGAAGUUCGAGAAGCGAAUAAGUACUUCUUCAUUGAAUCCUGCAUCGCUCUCUUUGUUUCCUUUAUCAUCAACGUCUUUGUUGUCUCAGUGUUUGCCGAAGCAUUUUUUGGGAAAACCAAUGAGCAGGUGGUUGCGGUCUGUAAAAACAGCAGCAGUCCCCACACUCACCUUUUCCCAGAGGAUAACUCAACACUGGCUGUGGACAUCUACAAAGGGGGUGUUGUGCUGGGGUGUUACUUCGGGCCUGCCGCUCUCUACAUCUGGGCGGUGGGGAUCCUGGCUGCGGGGCAGAGCUCCACCAUGACAGGAACCUAUUCCGGCCAGUUUGUCAUGGAGGGAUUCCUGAACCUAAAGUGGUCACGCUUUGCCCGAGUGAUUCUUACCCGCUCUAUUGCCAUUAUCCCCACUCUGCUUGUGGCCGUCUUCCAAGACGUGGAGCAUCUAACAGGAAUGAAUGACUUCCUGAAUGUUCUUCAGAGCUUACAACUUCCCUUUGCUCUCAUACCCAUCCUCACGUUUACGAGCUUGCGGCCUGUGAUGAGUGAAUUUGCCAAUGGAUUAGGCUGGAGGAUCGCAGGCGGUAUCUUGGUCUUUAUCAUCUGUUCCAUCAACAUGUACUUUGUCGUGGUUUAUGUGCAGGAUCUAGGGCAUGUGGUAUUGUACGUGGUGGCUGCAGUGGUCAGCGUAGCUUAUCUGAGCUUUGUGUUUUACUUGGGUUGGCAAUGCUUGAUUGCACUGGGCAUGUCCUUCCUGGACUGUGGGCACACGAAUCGUCAUGUUUUUCUGAAGCAUGCCCAAGACGACUUGCCAGGCAAUCUCAGGAGCUCUGGAUGUAAGCGUUGGAAAGCUCAUUCCCUCUCAGCGAGUGCUUUGGUGUCACUGGUUGCCAAGUUCUCUCUGCAGGCUUGCACUGGGCUACCUCUCUUCAGCCAUCCCCUCAGAGGGGAAAACUUUGAGACCAGAUGGUGGAGCUCUGGAGUCAGAGGAAAUGGGUCCUUUCAGCAUGGAGCUGCUGCUCUUCAGCCACUUCUGACAUUUUCACUUGUGGAGCCUGAGACCAUGAGAUUAUCUCAAACCAAGUCACAUUGUCCGGUGGAGAUAGAUAACCAGGUCUUUUGCAGCCACUGACUUGGUGAGAACAGUAAUGGGAAUGCAAUCAAAGGACUUUUCAUUUUUGGUGUAAUUCCUGUUGAUUGAUGUUCUCUGUACACCUGAGCCCCUAAAGGCAUUGUUUCCAGUACUUUGUACACAGUCUGAAGUGCAGACUGAAUGGACUGUCGUUUACACGGCUUCAAGGGUAAACUUCUGUGUUCCACUGACCGUACCUUUACCUCAGCCCCUCCAGUGACGUAGCACAGCAUCACGAGAGAGAAAUUCCCCAACCGUUCCUCCCUCUCCCCUACCAUCAUCCCCUAAGCUGUUCACAAGGGCACUCUGGAGAUACCGGGGACUGACCUCUUAAGUUCUCGUCUGGCCUCAGUAGGUGAGGGCCAUGUUGACAAAAUUCUUUGUAAAAGAUGGUACACUAACAUCAUUUACCUUUGCCUGGAGUCUGGCUGGGUCCAGUCAGUCUCAGAUUCACAAAUAUUUAGAAGCCCAGGUAAAAGCUGCUAGUUUUCUUUUCAAAGUUAUGUAUAUGUCUUGCAGUGAUGAAAAUUUUUUCCCAGUUAAAUGUCAGUUUAUGUCACUCUGUGUGUAGUAUUUUACAGUGUUAAAAGCACUCCCAUACUGUGUUCCACCUAAUGCUUUCAGAUGGAAAGUACACUUUCUAUCCAGCCACUACUCUGGGUGCAGUAAACAAUGCUUAGAGCUGACAGCUCCCAGUGCCAGCAUGCGCACGCUGCUUGUGUGAAAUGUUUGAGGAUACACAAUUGUACUUUAUGUAAGUUGGUCCUUGUUCUUUAUAAAUGUGGCAUGAAAUAACUGCUGCUAUAGCAUACUGGGAAUUAUCAGCAAUGGGGAAGAACUGCAGUUUGGCUCCUGUGAGGUCCUGCUAGUGAUUUUAGGAGUGGUUACAAUGAACUUUUAGGGGCCAUUUAACAAUAUGUAAACUUGGUUUGUAAUUAAAAAGUUUUUUUUUUCCUUUUUCCAAUUUGGUUUCCUGGAUAUUUUUUUAAAAACCUUGAAAAUACUCUAUGAGUGGGAUCUCAACAACUUUGAAAUACUGAAACAUCAACUACCACCUGGAUUGAUGUACUAGAUUCACACUGUUCAUGAUUUUUCUCUUUAGAAGGGAUAGAGGAAUACAGUUGACCUCCCUGGACAUCUAGGUGUUAGGGAUGUUUCAUGGAGGCAUGAAAUAAAAAUUCUGUGUGUAAUUUAUAUCAGCUGUUCAUGUGUAUACUCAGCCUUUCAUGUCCAGUGUUCCUCCGAAUGUGAUUUCAUGUUCUCAGAUUCAUCCUGCUGGGAUCAUGUAUUUCUGUCUUAUUUACCUUUGGAAAAAAAAUGUAUAUGAGGAGACUCUUGAGGUUCAAAUUCAAUUUGUUCAAGGCUCAACAUAGGUUUAGUUCCCAGAAGGCUUGAUGAAUUAUAAACACCAAGCACUAAUUUCUAUCACUGAU